CAGCAGAGCGCGAACAGGCGCUUUGUUCGAUCUUCCCUCCCGCAACGCCCAUCCACGUACAUACAGAGGUGAGAGCGAUGCAAGCUUGAGCUGCCGAGGUCCGCUGGGCCCUCCCCUCCUCAAGCACAAGGUCGACUGCUUGUUGGUCUUCGCCAUGGAAUCUCAGGAAGAACGCCAACAGUUGGAGAUUACAGCGCUCAAGAGUAUUUACGACAAUGACUUUAUCGACUGCCCCCCUCCAAAGGUUUGGAAGGGAGCACCACGUUUGCCCGAGUUCAUCAUCAAGGUCUCUCACCCCGACCCCGAACACACUGACAAGAUCUAUUUCCAUUUACACACCAAGUUUCCCAAGACAUACCCCACUAUCGCAUGUCCGACAUUCACGAUACAACAACCUAUCCACGGUCUCAAGACCAAUGACAUAACGCAGCUCUCGAAUACCAUCCAUGCGGAAGCGCAGAAACAGAAGGGCGAAGAGAUGGUCUUCCAGAUCGUCACCUUCGCACAGGAGUGGAUCACGCACAAUGUGAAGCCUCCUGUCGAGGUCGUCGGAUCUCUAGCGACGGAGAUGAACCGACGCGCCCACGAGGAAGAACUGGCGAAGAGGCAGAAAGAGGAAGAACAGGCGGAGCAGGAGGAGGAGCGUAACCACCAGCUGGCUCUGGAACUUGAGGAGCAGAUCCGUGUAGACGCGUAUCGACAGCAGCUUGAACGGGAGCGGUUGCAGCAAGUGCGCAAGCGAGCGAUGUCCGACGCAACGGAAGUUCCAACCACAGAAGAUCUUACUCCGACCGAGUCGUUCACCCAGGAGAUCGAGUGGCAGGGUGCGCGGUUCAGCAAGGUCAAGCUGUUCCAUCCGAGGCAAGAGUGCUUAGGGACCAUGUACCAAGCCGAUCCUGUAUGCGAGGAUGACGACCAGAAGAAGACGCUGCCCCUCGAACUGCUCUCCAUCACAUUCCAUGCACAGUACUACACCACAACGCAAGGCAGGAAGAAGCUCAAGCAGCUCGAGAGCGAGAUCCAGCGCCUCACGCUCAUCCGCCACGCGAAUGUUCUGACGACUCUAGCAGUGAAGCUGACUAGUCCCACUUCGAGCGGGUCUCCUCGACUGAUCAUCCUGACCGAGCAACGGCCGGCCGUGACGCUCAAAGACGUCCUCGAGGAUUGCGACUGGCUCCGCGAAGACCGUGCAUCUGACUACCUCCUACAGAUACUUUCUGGUUUGCAAGCCAUUCACGCCCGUGAACUUGUACAUCGCGGGCUAUGCAUCAACCAUAUCGGGCUUGCACCGCGCGAAGAGGGAGGCAGACGAAGAUCGUCAAAAUUUCAAGGUGCGUACCACGUGGCCCCCGAGGCGUUCCGAGACAUUCAUGCGAUGUUGAUGGGCAGCGAUGUUGCGGAGCGUUUCCCCGACGUGCACACGGCACUGCGGAACUGUACGAAACUUCGUCUAUGGGAGUGCUGCUUCGAUCUCCCUCAUCUGCAGCAGCAAGCGGUCGACAUGCUGACACAGAGCAAGAAGCAUCCGGUUUCCUCCGGCAGUCUGCUUGCUAACAUGCAAGGCGCCCUUGCAGCCAUACCCAUCCCAGGUACGCUGCACCGCGCGAACCCCGGUCCAAAGACGCCUAUGUGGCAUCCAUUUGUGAAUGGCUCUCCCGAGACUGAUUACUUCAGGAUGCCGCCUCCGAAAGCAAAGCACGCUAGCAGGUGGAAGGAGGACUGGGAAGAACUCGAGCUUCUGGGUCGCGGCGCGUUUGGGUCCGUCGUCAAAGCCCGUAAUAAGAUCGACUCUCGUAUCUACGCAGUGAAGAAGAUCAGAUUGCGUGCAACCCAGAGCGACAGCAAGAUCUUCCGAGAGGUCAACGCCUUAAGCCGCUUGAACCACCGCUCUAUCGUCCGCUACUACACGACCUGGGUGGAAACGUCGGAGCCAGACUCUACGGCAGUGUCGUCCGAGUCUGAUCGAGAAACGGCAACAGACGGCGACACGUCGGUACCCGACUCGCGCUCGCGGGAUCCGACCCUGACCCUUUCACCACACUCUUUCCCCAGCAUCCACUUCACGCGUUCGGGCUCGGCGGACCCCGAGAAAGGGAGCGAGUCUGCGUCUAGCGGGGAGAGCGAAGAGGCAUUCGACAGUCUCUUCAAAAGCAACGGGUCCUUUGCUGCGAACCCGGCACCGACUGUCUUCAGGACGCUAUACAUUCAGAUGGAGUAUGUAGAGCGCCAAACUCUGAAGGAGCGCAUUGCUGAAGGGCUUUCUGAGGAAGAUGCCUGGCGGUUGUUUCAACAGAUUGUUGACGCACUCGUGCACAUGUCCAGCCUCGGCAUCAUGUUGCUGCAUGAAAUACGUCCUAAUCUUCCCGUAGACGGCAAGGGAGAUUGCAAAGUUGGCGACUUCGGUCUUGCAACUUCGAGUUUGGCCGCUGUUGAUCCUUCUGAUGUCACCGCUCCCAACGUUCAGGAUGCGGAUAUGACGUUGGAUGUCGGAACGAGGCUUUACAUUGCUCCGGAAGUACAAUCUUCCAGGGGAGGACCUCGCGACCACACGAAAGCUGACAUCUACAGCCUUGGAGUUGUCUUCUUCGAGAUGAACUACACGUUCUCGACUGGUGCGGAGCGUAUCGCCGUCCUAGAGGAUCUGCGGAAGCUCGGUAUCUUCUUCCCUAUCAGUUGGCAACCACACCGUGCGAGACAACGACGGAUCAUCACUUGGCUAUUGCAGCACAACCCGAAUGAUCGACCCACUGCGCUGGAACUGUCGCAGAGUUCAUUGUUGCCUCCGCGUCUGGAAGACGAGUACUUCAAGGGUGCUUUGAAGAUGAUGACCAAACCGGAUUCACCUCACUUGCAGGCUGUCCUUUCUUCGCUGUUCAAUCAACCUGCAAAGCCCGUGCGGGGCUUUCUCUACGACACACAAGCCGGGCUUCUGGAACAUGUGACGCUGAAUGGCAAGGUUAUUGAUUGUCUCGUGGAGAUAUUCCGUCUUCACGGCGCUGUGAAUAUGGAGCCCCCCUUACUCAUGCCAAACACGAAUCCUGAAGAAGAGCGCAACCGCGCAGUCUUUUUGGACCGACAUGGCGAAGUCGUCGCAUUACCGAACAACGCUCUUUUGCCUUUUGCUAGGUUAGCGGCUCGAGAAGGAACCAAGCGAAUCAAACGAUUUUACAUCGGCGAUAUCUACCGACCGAACGUUGUCUCCGGUCAUCCCAGGGUAGCAAAGGCAGCAGUGUUCGAUAUCAUCACCCCGGAUCUGGUGGUCGGGCCCACUGCUGCCGCUGCUGAAGCGCUGUCAAUCGUCAACGACUGCCUCAAUAAUUUUGCGAAUCUGGCCCAAUUGUAUGAGAUUCAUAUAUCACAUUCAAGAAUCCUCGAUGUCGCCUUGGACCGUGUGCCCAGCGAUGUGCGCGAUGCAGUCAUGGACAUACUCGACCAAACGAAGUCUUCUCAGUCUCAAAAGCGUUCCAUGCUACUGCGCAAGGGCAUCUCGAGGAAUGUUGCGGACGAACUUGAGCUAUUGUGCGAUGUUGACGAGGACAUUGACAGCGUCGUAUCACGCCUGGAGAAGGCAGCACCCGCACUACUACCUGUUCUCAUUCCCUACAUUCAGGAUGUCAAGAGCACGAUUGCCUUUGCGGCGGCUUCGGGAGUGACGCGACCCAUCCUCUUCAAUCCUUUGAUGACGAGCAAUCGCAACCCGUACUUCAAAGACGGAGUCUGCUUUGAAGUAGUAAGGCGCAACAAGAGGUCAGACAUCUUGGCAGCAGGCGGACGGUACGACAACCUCAUAUCUCGGCUUUCUCCACCCAAGCCCAAGUCCGAAAUGACUUGCGCUGUCGCCGUUCAAAUUGCUCUUGACAAGAUUACCGCUGCACUGGCGGCUUUCCAAAGCGCGUCGGUCAAGACUCUUCUCAAGGAGCAUCGCUCAUUUGGCUACUGGAGCCCACGCCGUUGUGAUGUGUACGUUGUCUCAUACCAGCCUGGGUAUCUCGCCGAUCGCCUGGAAGUGGCAGCCAUGCUCUGGCAGCACAACAUCAGCACCGAUGUCAUCUAUGACUCCAGCAUCGCCGACGGCGAUGGCGAGAAUCAUCUGGACGUUUGCUACCGCGAAGGCAUUCUUUUCGUUGUCUAUCCGCGGCCCAGGACUGCGCGACGGGCUGACCAGCCAUGGCUACCUUACAAAGUCAAGAGUGUCUUACGGGGCACCGAGUAUGAAGUGUCACGACACGAACUCGUACUGUUCUUGCAGCAGCAGCUCUUGGAACAAAAGAGGAUUGAUGCCUCCAUCUCCGGUGUCCCCGCUGUUGCUGAGAGUUCACCCUUGGCCAGUGGACCGAAGGAGCCUGUCAGCCGGUCCGAUGUACAACUCAUACUGCCCAGCGACACCAAGAAGCGCGCCAAAUACACCAAGCAGAUGUUCCUGGAUAGAACGUUCGAAGCCGCGCUUGAGGUGAAGCAGGCAGCCGCAUCGGGCAUGCCCACCAUCGCGGUCGACCUGCCGGCCUCGGUGUUCGACGAGCUGUCGAAGAAUGCGAGCUGGGUAACGGACGAAGAAGCGUGGAAGGCGAUAGCGGUGACGCUUCCCGCGCAGUACGGGGCCUAUGCGCACCAAAUUCGAGACGCUGUCUCGAGGAAGAAGGCGGACGGCCAGAAGUAUAUCCUGUUGUUUGCAGUUAAGGACGAGCGGAUCUCAUUGCUUACUCUCUGAUAGGGGACGAUAUGUAUGUAUGCUAAUCUUAAUAUGCUAUGUUUAAUAUCUCGACGGCGGCUCUGAGUCAGAUGCUGAGACAGCGUGAUAGAAGUUGAAGUGUGGCGCCAAACGGCUCGAAGUCG